AGUCCAAAGGGAAGGGAGUGAGGAAUCAAUCCCAUACCCACAUAGCCACACAGCCUCGCUCCGCCUCACCACCCUCUCACUCUUCUUCCCCAAUUCUUCCGCCGAUUUCUCCACUCCCCCAUCCCCCACUUCACUCUCCCCAUCAUCUCGCACAGCCCAUCGAUCUGCCUGCCCCCUUCCCAGCUUGGUUGCUUCAGCAUUUCCUUCCAUAGAUCAAGCUGCUCCCCAAGAAACGAGGAAAAAGCUGUGGCAACACUCCUGCUCCACUGACCGCUCCGCACACUUCACUCGAAAAGCAGAGCAGAUCGAGCCAGAGCGCGUCGGGCACACAACCGCUCCACCGAUGAAGUCCGCCGCCGUGAGGAAAGACGCUGGCGGCGGCAUUGGCGGUGGCGCGUUCGGCAUCUCCUGCCUCGACAUCAAAUCCUUCGGCGCCUCCCUCGUGCUCUUCGCCCUCAUCAUGGCGCUCUGGCAGUUCCACCCGUACCAGCCAAUCCUCGCCAUCACCCGCUCCUCCUGUCCCCUCAUCCCUCCCCCAUCUACCGCUGCCACCGCCGCCACCACCGCAGUAUCCUUCUCCAACUCCACAGCCGACAGAGCCGCACCGGCCGCCGCCGCCAGCGCGACAAAGGCGUCAACCUUGCCAUCCCGGCCACGGGACCCCAACAAGCGGGAGCUCCGGCCGUACGGCAGCGCGGCGGCGCUGUUCGUCCAGAUGGGCGCGUACCGGGGCGGGCCGCGCACAUUCGCCAUCGUGGGGCUGGCGUCCAAGCCGGCGCACGUCUUCAGCACCCCUUACUUCAAGUGCGAGUGGCUCCCCAACCCGGACCCGGCGGGCGGCCCGCCGCCGAGGCCCGUCCGGACCAAGGCGUACAAGAUGCUGCCCGACUGGGGCUACGGCCGCGUCUACACCACCGUCGUCGUCAACUGCACGUUCCCGACCAACCCCAACGCCGGCAACCGCGGGGGAAAGCUCCUCGUCCACGCCUAUUACUCCACCUCCUCCCGCCGGUACGAGCGCUUCGUCGCGCUCGAGGAGGCGCCGGGGUCCUACGACGGGUCCCGCUUCCAGCCGCCGUUCCCCUACGAGUACUUCUACUGCGGCUCCUCGCUCUACGGCAACAUCAGCGCCCCGCGGAUGCGGGAGUGGCUGGCCUACCACGCGUAUUUCUUCGGCCCAAGGUCGCACUUUGUUCUCCAUGACGCCGGCGGCGUCAGCCCGGCGGUCAGGGCGGUUCUGGAUCCGUGGGUGAGGGCCGGCCGGGUCACUCUCCAGGACAUCAGGGCGCAAGCAGAGUACGACGGGUACUACUACAACCAGUUCAUGGUGGUGAACGACUGCCUCCACCGGCACCGCCACGCGGCGAACUGGACCUUCUUCUUCGACGUCGACGAGUACAUCUACCUCCCCGACGGACGGUCGCUGGAGGAGGUGCUCGGCCAGCUCGAGCGGUACACGCAGUUCACCAUUGAGCAGAACCCCAUGUCCAGCAAGCUCUGCGUGGAGGAUCCGACCAAGGCCUACUCGAGGCAGUGGGGGUUUGAAAAACUUGUUUUCCGUAAUUCGAUCACCGGAGUCAGGCGGGAUCGCAAAUACGCCAUUCAAGCAAGGCAUGCAUACUCCACUGGUGUGCACAUGUCGCAAAAUGUGUACGGGAGGACGACCCACAAAACCGAAAGCUUGAUCAGAUACUACCAUUAUCACAACACGAUCAAUGUCAUGGAGGAGCCUUGCCGGGAGUUUGUGCCGAAACCCACCAAUGGCAGCAAGGUAAUGUCCGAGGAGGUACCGUUCGUCUACGACGAUAACAUGAAGCGUUUGGCGGGUGAUAUCAAGCGCUUCGAGGAGGACACAGUUGGCGUGGUCUAUUCAUAGCAUCUGGAGGAAGACCUAGUAUGGUACAUACAUAAUGCUGUUCUUUGGGGGUACCUUGGUCUCCAUCUGUGCCACUAAACCCAGUCUGCAACUAGUGUAAAGUUUUGGUUCUCAGCAUUCUUGGCUCCGGCGUCAAUUCGACGCAUUUCCUUUCGUUCUUCUUUGUUGUUCUUUAAGCUCAUCUUUGAUGUCUUAUAGAUUUAUGUAGACAGACUGUUGGACAUUAUCAGAUUCUUCUCAUCUCAAUAAACAGCAGUGUUGAGUGCCUGA